AUGUGUCGGCCGCCGCGAUGUAAUCGUAUCAAGAAAGAAUAUUUCACGUUUCGACUGGCCAUUUUUGUAAGGCCUUUGGCGUCCAGUGUGACAGGGCAAUGGAAUGAGGAAUGGGACCAGUACCUAAUGAGUGAGCUGGAUCCAGGAGAAUCAUUGGACGCGUUGGAUGCGUUAGAUGAGGAGUCAUUGAUGAUGACCCCGGUUACGGUGGCCCCGGUUACGGUGGCCCCGGUUACGGUGACCCCGGUUACAUAUGAAUGGAAUGAGGAAUGGGACCAGUACUUAACGAAUGAUCAGAAUGCGGGGGGAUUAGAUAUCGUAAAUGACUUUAAUCCGGACUGGUACCUGCUGGAUGACCAGGAUUCAGGAGAAGCGGGUAUGUUGGACUCGUUGGAGGUGGACUGGGAAUUGUUCGCAACGGAAGCAGCACCAAAUGUUACGGUAGACCAGCGCUGCGAAGAACUGGGACCGUUUCCGACCCAGCACUCGCUGGAGGUACAGGGUCAAGUAUUGGUUUCAUCUGAGGCAGUGCAGCAGGUGGAUGCGAAAUCGUUUAUGACCCGGACAGACCAACAGAAUAUGCGAGCAGCCGACAUCAUGAAUAUCGGACCAUUUAUGAUGAAUGAAGAAGGAGGGGGGAUACAGGGUCAGUCAGCGGCCGUGUCCCGGCUAGAAGAAGAGCCCGCCUUGAGGGCUUUCGUGGGGACUGUGAUACAGGAAUGUGUCAUAGCAGAGCAGAAGGCAGCAAAGCUCUACGGAAAGGAGUGGUUGGAUCGAGAAGGAUUCAUGCCGGAGGAAGGGAAGCGACAGGUGGCCGAGUAUGUGGUUGGUUGGUUGGGGCGGGUGGACCUGGGCGCACUGGGACACCGCGUUGCGAAACCGGACUUCAGCCUCGUCGGGUGGCGAUGGGUGCACCUAGUCGGCUUCAUUAGAGACCGGUUAGACCCCCGUGUAGUCGACGACUUCGUGACAAGGGCUCAGCAGGUGAUUCCGCGGCCUGCCGGAGUCUCGUCCCUGUGGUACCUCGCCACUGUGCUGCGGUUCUUGCGGACCGAUGCGGACCUGAACACCCACCUCACUUGGUGGCUCCCGUCUGACGAUAGCGGUUGGUGGUCCCUAGUUUGCCUGUAUUGCGAUGUCUUUCCUUAUGACUUCGGCCAACUACCCGAAUGGCAAUCAUCACGUCAGAAGCUGGCUGCCGUCUGCUGGAUCACACACUGGCUCAAAAAGGGGGCCGAUAACUUCCGUUCCAAAGGUGAUCGCCGCAGACUGCCAGACAAGCCCUGGCAUCAUCGCGUGUUUCGGUUCGUCCGCGAAGCACUCGGGGACCGCACAUUCGGUCAACUCGGUGCCCUGUUUAAACCGCGACUCCCACUCCCCCCCUAUGUCCGGUUGUCCGACACCGAGGCAAUGAUCGUCCUGCUCCGGCACUCCACCAUCGAUUCCGGACGAGCCGAAGUGUUCUUCGGACAGUUCGAUCUCGCGUCAGGACUGGCGGCCGAACCUGAAGGUGCAGGACCGCCCAGAAAACGAUCGAAAAGAACCAAGCACAAAGUUCGAUAA